UACUAUCACUAGUCGCUAGAGGAACUCAGACAUUAGAUGAACCAUAGUGUUGGGUUUUAUAUGAUAUUCCAGAUUAAUUCCUCAGUUCAGUCUGUGGAAGUAACAACAGAUAUAUGAUAAUCAUCAGAUGAAGCUGCUGCUUCGUCUGUGUUAAGAAUAAGAAGGUCUACUAAAACAGGAGUAGAAGAGGAGUUUGACAUUCUGUAGAUCCAUCGUCGUUGUUCGGCUCCCUCCCGUUCCCGGUCUUCUUAAUUACGCACCGGCACCGCAGUAAUGGCGGAAUCGAGGGAAAAAAGGUUUGCCUCCGAAAAAGCAAUGCUGCCCCCAUCAGAGGCCCACAGUUCAAAGGAAGAUGAAAAUUUGAGAGUAAAGGGACAUGCUCCAAAAUCUCACAGUGAGGAUCAAACUGAGGAACCUCAUCUUAAAAAGCCUUGUACUAAUAACACAGAACCUUCUUCAGAACAUCAGUCCAUGAACUUUACGAAAAUGUCUGACUCAGAAGUAGUGGACUUGAGUAGAAGCUCAACGGAAAUGUUUAAAGAUGCUUUAAGUGACAUACAAAGUGGAUUGAUGCCACUUUUCCAAGAUUGGAUACCACAAUGGGAGCAGCUUGAGGAAGAAGAAGGGUCUAUUCUCUCAACUUUGGCACAUCAAGGAGUAUCUUCACAGGCUAUAAGUGAAUGCUUACAACAACAGUUGAAUGAUCUUCACAACUCAGUUGCUGCUAUAGUAUCAGAAUAUGGAUGUUAAUCCUCAAGAAUUAACCAUAAGUUUGUUUUACACAAGACAAGCAGUAAGAAUAACUGGAUGAAAAAAUUACCUGGGUUUUAAAGUUCUAUCAAUCCAUUUUUAUUGCUCUUGUGUAUAGUGAACAGGUAUUUUUGUUUGAUUUUAAAAUCCUUAGUAUUUGUUCAUGUAUUAGGUAGACAAAAGGUAAGUUAUUGGUAAAUACUUAGCUUUUUAUGAAAGUGAUUCACAGCUUAUAUAGAGAAUUACAGGAAAGCAAAUGUUGAGUUCAGAUAGAUACUUAAAAGUGUUUUCUCAAAAGGUCAAAUGUAUAGGAUAGUUAGCCUUGGCAGAAGGGCUCAAAUUUAUUUAAAGCAGAAGUAUUUACUAUUUAAUGGCAGUACAUAAAUACAAAUUUUUAGUAUUGUACAAUACUUUUAUGUGAAAUGUAGUGAAAUUAUAGUUUUCAAAUUGUU